UCAGUUACAGGGUGACCGCACGCAGACAGGCCACAUCCUUGGUGACCCCAGUCGCAGAGACAAUCCAGACAUGCAAGACACAAAGGGCAUGUCCCCUGUUCCCUUCAAUGUUGUCCGCAUGCUCACUCACAUGGCCAUGCUGCUCGGUGCCUGCAACCAGCCACAGAAUAUUUCUGCCAUUAUCAAGCCUCCAGUGCCUGACACAGGAGCAUUCCUACUUUCUCACCUGCGAGAGGACUUGAAUCAUCUUAUCAGAUCUCUGGGCAAGGGGACAGACGACACAGUUAGCACUGUUCACCUGGUCAUCAGCAGCCUCCUACAGCCCCACCAGCAACAAAAAU